AUGAGGACUAUUCAAGAACUACUGGCUGACAAGCCUAUUGAUGAUCCACAGCCAGUUCAAUAUGUUGGAACGGUGGAGGCAUAUGAUAAGUGGGCAGAGGUAUACGACACAGAUGGAAAUUUCCUCCAGCGCCUGGACACCAUCGAGAUGAGUGUACUCCUGCCUCAGUUCCUGGACCGAGUCUAUACCCGCUUCCAGGCCUCGGGACAAGUGACGCUACUCGAUCUUGGAUGCGGUACUGGGCGAAACACGAUUCAGCUACUCGAAGCACUGACACAGUAUAAAAAGAAGAAACACACGGCUCCGAUCUCAGCUCCCAAGGUAGAGGUCGUCGGUCUCGAUGCGUCCCCCGGCAUGCUGGAGGUAGCCCGAUCCACCGUCCACUCUGCCACGCAGCGAGAAGAUCUCAAGGACAGUCCCGAAGUCUCCCUCGACACUAUCGAUCUACUCCAGCCUGCUACUGUACGGGCGCAACUACCUCAAUCUCUACAGGACUCCGGUGCGGCCGGUGUGAUUUCCACACUUGUACUAGAGCACAUCCCAGCCAAGGAGUUCUUCGAAGCUGCGUCUGCCACGAUGCUUCCUGGUGGUUACUUGCUGGUUACCAACAUGCACGCAGACAUGGGCAUGCGCAGCCAGGCUGGGUUCACGGAUCCGCAGACUGGGGUCAAGAUCCGGCCGACUAGUUACUGCCACUCGAUCUCGGAGGUGCUGGCAGCUGCCGAAGGGGCUGGAUUCCAGGUGGAGGAUAUAAUUGGGGAGGAUGGUCGGAAUGGAGUACUGGAACGGGACGUGGAUGAGCAAGUGGCCGAAAAAUUAGGUGCGCGGGCCAAGAAGUGGGUUGGUAUCAGGGUGUGGUUUGGGAUCUGUUUCAGCAAGAAAGCAUAG